GGCGCAGGGGCCGCCGCCGGCUCUGGCUUCCAUUCUAUUCGCUGGGGCGUCGCGUGAGGGGAAGACGCGCGGCCGCAGCACCGCCCGCCCGCCUGCCCCGGGCCAGUCACCGCCGGCACCAUGAAGAUCUGGACCUCGGAGCAUGUCUUCGACCACCCCUGGGAAACAGUUACAACAGCUGCUAUGCAGAAAUACCCAAAUCCCAUGAACCCUAGUGUGAUUGGAGUUGAUGUACUAGACAGACACAUAGACCCCAGUGGAAAGUUGCAUAGCCAUAGACUGCUCAGUACAGAAUGGGGGAUGCCUUCUAUCGUAAAAUCACUCAUCGGUGCUUGCAGAACAAAGACAUACGUUCAAGAACACUCUGUAGUUGAUCCUGUGGAAAAAACAAUGGAACUUAAGUCAAGUAAUAUUUCAUUUACAAAUCUGGUAUCAGUAGAUGAGAGGCUUAUCUAUAAACCACAUCCUCAAGAGCCAGAAAAAACCAUUUUGACUCAAGAAGCAAUAAUCUCUGUGAAAGGUGUCAGUGUCAGCAGUUAUCUAGAAGGAUUAAUGGAAAACACUAUCUCUUCCAAUGCGAAUAAAGGCCGUGAAGCAUUGGAAUGGGUAAUCAGUAAAUUGAAUGCUGAAAUUGAGGAGUUCACAGCUUCAGAGAGGAAGCAUGAGGACUUCUAUGGCAGCGGCAGCAUUUGUAGAGAAAUAAUAGUGAAUACAGCUAUAUCAAUUACUAGGUCUAAGUGAAAUAAGCAAACUAAAACUUCUCUCCAAGUUGAAAUAUAUUUAUUCUUAUAUUUGUUAUUUAAAGGUAUAUUUGUAUAUUAGGUAGUUUUUAAAUUAAAACUUGGAGAGAAGUUAUAAAUUCUUGUGACUGAAGGUUAUGUGCUGGGGCUUCACUAACGUGUUAGUUUCAUUGGACUGAACGUUUUUUUCAAAUGAAAUAACCUCCUAAUAUUCAGAGCUAAUUCCUGUAUUUAAUGAACACUUAUAUAAAACAGUUUUUAUCCUAGGUAAGUUGCAGACGUUGCAGGAGAUAGACAUGUUAGUGAAUCUUACUUGGGUGGAAUUUAGUGGUUUGAUUCAUGAACUCUACCUCUUUUGGGACCAAGCACAUAAUUAAGCAAAAUGGCUUGUUCUAGCAAAGUUGGUGUUAUGUUUGUCUUGGGCAGUUGAAUGAUAUAACUUGAUUUAGAUGGAAGUUUUAUUACUUGAAGUCUGAAGUAUAAAUGAAUGUUUGUAUAAAAAUACUUGUUUUGAAAACUGCUGUUAAAAAGUUAUUGGAUAGCUGAGCUAAAACGGUACUUUUAAAGUUAAACAGCAUCUUAAAAUUCUCACAAUAAAAGUCACUGAAUAGUUUUGAAUAGUGUACUUACCUGCUGAGGCCCAAGUUCUGUCCUUAAAUAUGAAGUUGAGUGUUACAUGCCAAUAACUGACAGAAGAAUUUAGCCCUAUGUGCUUGCUUAUUUUUCAUCCACUAUCACAAUACAAAGGAAAACAAUCUCUAUGCAGAAGGGUACUGUAACCACAUGUGCAUUUUAACAUGUAAUUUUGUAGACUAUUAAAGCUUCAUAGAAAAGUAGAAAUGUAUUUUGAAAUUCAGAAGAAAAACUUCCCUGAUGUUAUUAGAGGAACUUUAUAGAAUUGUAGAAGUGAGACUGAGAUACUUCUUCAUAUGUUUACAGGAGUUGUUACAUUGCUAAACAUGUUUAAAAUGUUGCCUAAUCAUGCUUCAAAAAUACUCAUUAAGCAUGGCAUCACAGACUAUUUGGGUGUCCUUUAAUUUAAACACAGUAUUUUGCCUUUAAUUUUCUAUGUAAUGCUUUGUGUGCCUCCUUUAUAUCUUAUUGAAAUAAUUGUCUGCUUAUAAACAAGGCUUUUAAAUGAAAGACUGGAAUCAGAAUUUAGAAGAGGGUUCGAUAAUCUUGUCUCUUAGUACUGGCCACAGAUUCUUGGUGCUGUCCCAUUCUUGAGUUCCCACAGCUUAUCGCUAAAGGUCAGAUUUUUGCCAACGGUACUGAAGUCAAGUACCAUAUUACUCUGCAGAUAAUUCCAUUGGAAUCAGUGAAUCAAUCUCAUAAAAUAAGGUCUUGCCUACAUGGCUUGUGUAGUCAUGGCGCAGCGAAAAAACCCACCUCCAUGAGAGGCAUAGCUACCAGCACUAGGAGCAUGGCUACCAGCGCUGGUGUACUGUCUAUACAGGCACGUUACAGUGCUGAAACUUGCAGUGCUCAGGGGUGUGUUUUUUCACACCCCUGAGCAAGAAAGUUGCAGGACUGUAAAGUGCCAGCGUAGACAAGUCCUAAGGCACCCUUCAGGGGGAGGGAAAAGUGCAAAAUGUAGCAUUAAAGAAACAGCACUGAUGAUUUACUGGUCGGAAAUCCUGACUUCUGGUGCCAUAAGGGUCCAUUUGGCAUUUCAGACCAAAUCCUAAUCAUAUGUUGUUUUGUGUCAUUUUUCAGAAUGUAAGAUGUCACCUGUUUAGUAUUUUCUGUUAUAUGCCAUUUUUCUGUGAUACUAAAGUUGCAUAUUGAAUAUUGUGUGUUAAAGUGACACAAACUAGAUCUUUUCUUAGUUUAACAGUGCUCCAUAUAGUGGGAACACAAACUUCAAUAAGAUUUUAUAUAGAAGAAAGAUUGUAUGUGUGUGUAUAAUGCAACAAAAGAAAAUGUACCUAUUUAAUAUUUUUUUCUACUUAAAACCUAUGAAGUUUUAAUUUGAGACUUUGUUAGUACAUUUGUAAAAACAACUCAAAUCCAUUAGGGUUUGUGGAUUUUUUUUACACAUGGAGAUUGUUCAUACAACUGAAAUUAUAUUUCAACUAAAGAUUAGUAAAUGUUGCUACUUGAUCAAAUUUCUGUAGUCAUAAUGUAUCUUGUGAUAAAAGUUGCAAUGCUCAAAUUAGUGAUUAGAAACUUUUUUUAAAUUUGUACCUUUUCUCUUAAACCUAGCUUAAUUCUGUGCAUUUUAAACUCAAUAUAAAUUUUCUUCAUUUUGCCGCACUAUGGACCAACUAACUUGAACUGGCAAUAUUUAGUAGGCAUUUGAAGGAUUUUGAUUUGUUUCAUAUUUAUUCAGGCUUUUGGACUCUUCCUGAGCAGGGUAGUGCUUUUGUGUGUAAUUUUUUUAUUUUAAAUAAAAUUGUUGCUGAGUGUUG